GAGGCCGCGGGCAGGCCCCGGCCGUGCCGGUCCUGCAUCGCCUCGGGCUCUUUCUUGCGCGGCCAGACCCCGCGCCAGGGCUUCCACCACCUCGGGAAUAGCAUUCCAACAGGGCAGAGCUGUAGAGCCGGCCCGGCAGCGUGAUGGCUUGGUAGAGGGAUGGGUGUUCAAGGAAAAAUAACUUUCACACUAUAGAAAAAAUGAUCUCAAACUCCUGACGUAGUCGAUGAUAUAUUCCAAAAGGUAUGGACAGGGCGGCUGUGUACCUUACCUGCCGGGAACUCCCGCUGAGGUGCCCAGCAGCCAGUUCCCUCAGUAAGUUUCCUUCUCAUUAGUGCUUUUCUGCAUUGGACGUGGUCCUGUCCAUCCAGUUCCACCCUUGUGCAACGAGGGAACAACCCGGAAAAUUAUCAACAGGUGUGUGACGGGCUGUGUCGGGGAGCAGACGUGGAGGAUGCAGUGCCGGUGCAGCCCUUGGAAUGCCACCACCACCGCCGAUUCGACUACUACAGGGUCUUAAAAUAAAUUUUGGAAGCCUGAAUAGCACCAGGGGUGACAGUUCUUAAAAUAUUUACAGAAUAUCCCAGAUGUGUCGCUUUAAACUUAUUUAAUUAUGUCAACAAAAUUCGUAGCACUGAUGUAGUUGUUUGGGGCUCAACUUCAUCAUCGGUCUGGUGUAAGUGAACUGUAGCUUCUGACAUGAAAUGUCAGGCAGAGGGAAGUAAAGGCUGCUAGUGCACGGCACAGCUUCUGAGUUUGAGAUGAGUAUCUGUCGCCUAGGGAACGCAAAAGCUAUUUUUGUCAUUUUCUUGUCAAGAUCUGUAUUAGAACACCUCCAUCUUGUAGCAUAAGGUGUGGAGGUGUAGGUAGUUCAGUUGAAUGGUUAAUAAAAUAUUGUUGAGCCUUAUCACAUCUCUGACUCAAUCCCUCAGGGACACUUGACAGAAAUUUGACAUUUUCAGUUUGUGUAUCUUCUGUUAAAGGAGAUGAAUAGUCUCUGAAGAUAACAAGGAACAAUCCUUCCCUUUCUGCUGUAGGAAUGGAGGGCUCUUAUUUUUCCUGCCUGCACUAAUAAAGCUUUCCAAUGCUUUUCUUAUUGGAAAAAGAACUUAUUUUUUCAAGUUUCUGUUUGUUCUUGCAGUGCUGUACUGUUGGUGCCCUUCUGUGCCAGUCUAUUUUAAGACUAAAAGUAGUGUUGUCAAAAAUAAAAUCCAUUUAGGGCCCUAAGUGCAAGUCUUAAGUACAAGUUGGCACCCCUAAUCUUUCUUAAGUUAGAUACCAAUUGUUGAAUUUUUAAACAUACCUUUAAAGGCUAUAAACUUAUCAUUGCAGAUCAGUCAGUUAUUCUGAAUAUAGAAAUAACUACUUAGGGCUGGAAUUUCUGUAGUGGAUCAAGUCCAUGAUUUCUGUAGCCUCCUCUGUUUCAGAAGAAAAAGAGCGAUGUGGACAGCUCAGCCUUGAAUAGCAGGGCUGCUGUGAUCCCAGGGGUUUGAGAUUAUCAAAACUCGUUUCAUAAAAACAGCUCUGUACUGAGAGGAGUAUCCAUAAGUGUAAUUCAUGCUAACAAACUGCUGGGAGCAGUAGUACAGGUACAGGCAUAAGGCUGUGAGCUGAUGUGGUUUCUAAAAAUCUGUUUCUUUAUUUUGAACUUCUUGAUAAUUUUUUUUGUUGUUAUCGAAUUCAAUUUCACUUUGCCUUUUUUGCUAUAGGAAGCUAAUGGUUUCCACUUCAGUUUAUUUGGUGUGCUCAGAAUUAUAGAGGAAUUUAUGGAGGUCAUCUAGUCCAGCCCUCUUCUCAAAGCAAGACAAAUUGAAGUGUGAGACAUCCCUGGGAUACAGUGAUCAAAGCUGCUAUGAGGAAGUACCCCAAUCCAAUGAAUCCAUGUGUGGUAGGAGUAGAUGUCCUUGACAGAAGCCUUGAUAACCAGGGGAGGUUGCACAGUCACCGUCUUCUCAGCACAGAGUGGGGAUUGCCGAGUAUUGUAAAAGCCAUUUUAGGAACAAGUAGAACUCUGACUUACAUUGAGGAACAUUCUGUGGUAGAUCCAGUGGAAAAAAAGAUGGAGCUUUGCUCAACUAAUAUUACUCUCACAAACUUGGUAUCUGUUGAUGAGAGACUGGUUUACACGCCUCAUCCUGAAAACCCUGAGAAAACUGUACUAACUCAAGAAGCAAUUAUUACUGUUAAAGGCAUUAGCUUGAGCAGUUAUCUGGAAAGCUUAAUGGCGAACACAAUAUCUUCUAAUGCCAGAAAGGGUCGGGAUGCCCUGGAGUGGGUGAUCAGCAAACUGAACACAGAACUGGAGGAGCUGAAGUCAACGCGCGAGGGCAUGAAACCAGCCAUGGCAGCAGCCUCAACGGAAAAAUAAAACCAAAUGCUUGGUUUCACCAAGUAAAACCACGUAACUGACAGAAAAGUCUUAUUCUGCAGACUGCUCCCUUCCAAGGCUGAUCUGAAGAGGUUUUGUAUAUUUAUAAGAAUAUUGGAUCAGUGGACAAGUAACCUCAUCUGUCAUCUCCACAGCAGCUCUUGUUGCCUACUGAAGAUUAAAUUGACCUCCUGCAGAUGCUCUUUUCGUUUAAACCAUUUAUUUUUAACACUGGAAACAAAACAUUAAGCACAUUUAAGACAGCCUAAAUGUGCCUUUUUCAACAAAGAUAGAGAGUAUGUUAUAUUUGCACGAUCUCAGUUUGUCUUACUCAAACUUGAAAAGAAUGCAUGUGUGGUAUUAAGGGUUUUUUCCAUGUGAAUUUUUGUUCUGUGAAGGGCUGAUAGGCCCUAGAGCACUGAAGUUUGUCUGGUUUAUAAUGUGAUAGUGUCUUAUGACCAGUUAAAGGGAACUACGUGAGUCAGAACAUGAUACUGUAGCAUUAGAUACUUAUCUAGAGGAUCAUCCCGAAAGGCUACAACUUGUAUGGAACUAACACUUAUGCUGUUUAAAUGUGCUGUGGAACGUGGCACCAGAUACUUUACCUCUUAUGUUUGUAUCCAAACAAAGAUAAAGUUUCUAUUGAUGUUAAUAACCUAAAAUAGUUUUUUUGGUAGGGAAAAAGUUAUAAUUUAUUUUCUUAUUUAUUAACUUGUUCUAGUUCCUCCCCUCCUUAUGAGGACAUGAGUAGUAAUUCCUGGAAGGUGCUGGAAAAUAUCUCUAAGAAGAGUACUUGUAGGCUACUUGAAUGAAGAGACCUUGCUGUUCCACUGGUCCUUGCUCUUUACAUCAUGUCUUAACUGAGGGAGAAACUGAUGCAAUAACCAGAAGAGUUGAAAUGAGAAAUGAGCAGGAAAUUUGAAAUCCAAAUGGUAUAAACAGGAACUUUUCAUUCCCUGAAUGGAAAAAACAAGUACAAGAAAACCAAAUGAACUCUCCUUCUUUGAGUGCAUUCUGUAACUGAAUUUUUUCAACACUUUUCCACAUUGGUACAAAAUGGUUUUAGAAUCAUUUUAAAUGCUUCUCAUUAUCUGGAAAAAUACUCCAGUAAUUGCAGAAACUGUUUCCUAUAAAACAUGCAUAAAUACAUAUUGGUAACGGUCCUAGCCUUGUCUGAUGUUUACAAAAUUGUCAUGUUUGAUCCAGAUGUAGUAUAUAUUUCUUAGACAACCCUCUUAGGGCAUUUUAACUUAUUUUUUGGUAUGCACACAAAGUGAAAUAAAUGUUGCAAGGAUGUUUACUCGUUCAAGUGGUAAGCACGUGCUUAGGAAGCUGUUCAAGAGCAUGAGUAACUUCUAAAAAACUAGAAGAGUAAAAUGUUGGUCACCGUUUUGAUCUGGUAACUUUAAAGUGUCUGUAGCUUAAGGGAAUUUUCAGCAUUCAUAUUCUGGUUCAUUUAAACUUUAAUUUGGGUGUAACUAAAUUACAUAUCCUAAUGAAUAAGCCUACUUUAAAAGAUGUGUAUAUUUGUUGAAAGCAAUUAAAUGAAUAGCUGAUAUUUACAUUGCUCUUUUCAUGUGGACCUAAAGCCCCUCUUAUUUUGUAACAGAAACUUGGAGCUUAAAGGCUGAUAGCAGCCUGUUUCUGGAAGAUACACUGGAUAGCUUUGGUGCAGGUCAGUUGUUGUCCCCUUCUCAGAGGAGUGAUGCCACUUCCUGGAUAAGGAACACAGAAGAUGUUCUAGCUCCUGGUGGCAUUCUGCUAGGAAGGGGAGUGCAGCCAUGGCAGAACUCUGCAAAAAAAAAGAAAAGGAAAAGUUGAGAAAGUGUGUGUGCCCUUGGAAACCUGUGCUGCACCAUUUCUGUACAUGCCUCCUGGAGGUGAUGAAAACAUGACUGUCAGCAAGGGUAGGAAGGUGUUUGGAGAGGUUCAUGUAUUGCUUUGGUUUGGAAGAAGAGUUGCCUAGAGCUGCUUUUUGCAUCAGAAGUGAAAUAUUUGCUUGGUAUUGUCUUAAGGCUGACUGACUUGUGUUUAGCACCUUCCAGCACUAGCUGGCUUCCCAGAAAAGUCACCAUAGGCUCUCUCUGGGUCUGAAUUUCUCUGCCACACCAUAGGGUCAACACCAGUUACACAUCAGUUUUCUGGAUUACUUUUUUGGUUUUGGGCUGCUUUCGCUCCACGUUUUGUCCCAUUUAGGAGCUGUAUGCCUAGACACUCGGUUUUCCAAUCUGCCUGCUGCUCCACUUGCCAGGAAUCAGCACCUUUCCUACUUGUGCUCAGUCCUCUUCUGCUUUUCUCUUGGCUAAAUGGUAGUGGGGAAGCUUUGGGUAGGAAAAAAGACUAAUUUUUCCUGGAGGCCAGUUAUGUCAUCCAGCUGCCUUUUUCCACUGCCAGACAGUGCUGCUGCCUCUUACCUUGUCUUAGGGGGGAGGUGACACUUAUGGAUCUGUGGGAUUAUUGUUCUUCCUGUGGUUGCUCAUUGUGUACAAGGGACAUUGCCAGGGUGUACAAGGGACCUUGCAGCAGUGGUCACACUGGGACCAGGUGGGCUCCAGUGUUUAGCAGAUCAAGUGGUUCUUAAUUUUCGAUGAGAUUUCCUGGACAGUUUCACCCUUCUGCUCUCUGUCCAUCUGAUUUGCAUAUGAGGCUCCAAUCAUUCUCCCUUGAUCAUGUGACUCUUCUCCAUGAGAUCUAGUGGGAUCUGUAGCUGUGUAUGCUGUGCUUAACACUGUUUUUGCACUUCAAUUCCCACUCAAGUUCUUAGACUGUUAUAGUCCAAGUUGACCCUUGAGGCAAAAAAAAAACCACCCUGCCUUUGGAAUUGUUUAUCUUUGUGGUUCCUUAGAGAAACUCCUCCAACUUUUUUUUUCUACACUGGAAAUGGCUAAAAAAUGUAUCUGAAGUCAGUUUUUUGUCAUGUGCGUUGACUGAGGUGUCUGUCAAAGGUGGAAAGCUGCAUGUGAGGGAAAGUGCUAGGCUGCUUGUGGGGAGCAGGGAUUGUGGCUUUUGGGAUUGAUUCAGGAGGAAAAGGGCACGCAGGAGGAAAAAAAUAUAUCAAGCAGAAAUGGUGUGAAGUCAACACUCAUUAACUUGGAAGGAUCUUGAGGUGCUGGGGACCAAGCAGAAAGCUCAGUGCUUAUAACCAUGCUGAUUAAUAGUAACAAGUGCCACUUUGAAUAAGAAUUCUGCACUUGGGGAGUUGAAAGUAGAAUUAAAGUUCAGCUUUGUGAGUUGGGAGAGGGAGGUUGUUUGCUGUGGUUCAAGCUGAGGCUGGCAGUUCAGAGUUUCUCGGCCGCUGGGUUGCAAUUCAAGGGAGAAGGGAGUAUAGAGGGUUGUGAUGCAGGGGGUGGCUUAAGAAUUUAGUGGUGGCAUAUCAGGUCUUCAGACUGGUUGGAAAUGUGGCUGCUCCCCCUGCCCAGUACCUGUAGCUGUGUUGCACGUGCCUACUGUGGAAGCAAGAAGCUGGGGAGAGUUGGUUCCUGAGGCAGCGGUGGUUCCCAGAAUGUGGCAAAUGGGGCAUGUUAGCUCUUGGCUCUGAAGGGUUUUAAGAUGUUGAAGAUACCAAACUCGAGGUGAACUCUGGUUUCUGGUUGAUGGUUUUCAUGCUAGUGUGUAGACAGGCUUGUGUGUACAACAAAAGGCACUAACUUAAAACAGUGUAGUCAAAUGGUCUGGUGUGUAAUUUAUUGAUUUUGUGUAAACUGUCCUUUAAAUCUUUUCCCUGAUUUGCCCUUGUGCCAGUGGGAAUCUUCCAUGCUCCUCCACGCGUCUUACUUCUUUUCCCCCAUCAGGUCAGCAGGCGCGAUGGGGGAAGGAUCAUAUUUGCUGAGACAACAGGCAAUCCCAGUGAAACUUGUGUAUUCUUGAAGGACUUGCCUAACUUAAGCAAAGGCACUGAUCUGCAGCAGGGGGGGCGUGUCAGGAAUUGUAGUAUAGCACAUACUGGGCAUUGAUGUAUCUGACAACCUAAUUAAGUAGCGCCGAGUAUGGCCAGUGACAUUCCUUGAUGUGACCCUUUUCAUUCAAAUCUUCAGGUGGAGCAGUGGGUAGGUAACACCCUUCCUACUGCACCUUCCUAGAUUGUGAGCCGUGAAGGGCAGGACUGUGAAGUGUCUAUGUACGCUAUGGUGCUAUCUGAAGUAAAUGACAUGCACAGUUUAAAAAAACACUUCUGGGUGUAACUAUUUUAAUAUAAAAUUGGCUGUUGCUUUUCAGAAAAGGAUGCAGAAAAAUUGUUUGUGUUAGUCCGUGCUGGGUGAGCAGCAGGACCCAGUACCAGGCUCCCUGAAGCUUGCUAUAAGCCACACAUCACAAAAGCUCUGCAGGGGUCCUCUGGUUGUGGACUGGUAACUCCAUCUGGGACUGGCAGCUGCUUCAUUUUGCAUUAAAGCAGCAAAGAGUCAUCUAAAACUAUUAGCCUUGAUUUGUAAAUAAGACUAUAUUUAUCUAAUAAACCAUCUUCUUACCCCACUGACACUACUCGCCACCUGUCAGGAUCAUGCAGGUUAUAGGCUAAGCCUUUUAAUUGCAGCUCCGUGAAGCAGGUCAUGCGUUCACUAUGGAUUCGUCCAAUGAAAAGGCAUUUUUGUGAAGCACAA